AUGUCACGAUACGCGGACGAAGAUACAUCCGAGUCGCUCCCCGACAGCGAGCGCGGCCUUGGACCCACAUCAACGGAAAACACUUCCCCCUGGCUUCCGCCAUCGCCUUCCGCCGUGCGCAGCCCGCACGCGGAAGUCGUUCGGCGGAAGGCUACCUCGUCGAAGGACAUGGACGAGGAGUGGGGCGGCGAUGACCCCGCGCACGCGGACGAAUGCGCGGAAGCGGAGGCAGCAAUCAACGCCGACGGAUGGGCGGAAUCACCGCGCACGCUAACGAAUGCGCGGAAGGGAAAGGCGCAAUGUGCGGGCGGGUUUCUCCGCCUCUUGCGCGGAGGGGGAAGUUCAGCCCGCGAACCAGGCGCUUCCGCGAACGCCCCCUCUGCGUGUUCUUCCGCCGACCUUUUCCGCUUCCGCCGCCCGCGGGGCGAGAGGCGGUCGAUGUCGUGGGAGAAAGCUCCCGCCGAGAUCUGCGGAGGUGAUAAAAGCGCCAGAUCCGCACCGGCAGAGAGAGGAGCCGCGGAAGGCACGCGGGAAAAAGCAGGACGCGGCGGCCGAACUUCCCCGGAAAAAGCAGCAGGAUCCGGGGAAAUCCGCGGCUCACGCGCCAUCUGUGUACCAGAAUCGCCGUCGAAUGCGGAGAAGGGACCCUUCUCAACUGACGAGGUGUCAGCGGCCGCUGGUGGACACGUGGAUGAUGACGUGUCCAAGUUUGCGGGCUUUCACUUGUCCUUCGAGGCUGGUAUAGGGCUCGGCGCGGAAGCAUCCGUUUCUACCUCGCCGAAGCCAUUACCAGCCCCGAAUGACAAACCGGCGCCGGCCUCUGAUACAGCUUCUCUUGCUUCCGCCUUCCCCCUUUCUCCCGCUACCUCUUCCGCGGCUCGUCCUCAUUCCGCAUCCACCACGUCUUCCGCGGCGUUCCCUGCCUCUUCCGCCUCGCCGCAUUCGCCCGCGUCUGCCGGGCGGCGUAUGGCGCGUUCCGCCUCCGCCAAUGCGCGUUCCCCCGACAUGAGUGGGGUUUCCGGUCACAUCCUUCCGCCUCGGCGGAGUCUCACCGUGCAAAGAACUUCCGCCAAUGGGGAGGACAUUUCCCCUUGGUCCGCAGCUUCCCCGCAAUCCGGCGCUUCCGCAGCAACGAUAUCUCCCCGUAACGCCGCGCAUAGAGCCGAGGUGCAGGAGAGGCUGAAGCAGCUGCAGGUGUCGUUUGAUAGCUCCGCGGCCGGAGCUGACUCUGAUCAUGCGAGUCCUUUUGACGAGGGUGCUUAUAACGAGGGUGCUUAUAACGAGGCUGCUGAGAGUGCUUAUACCGAGGGUGCUGAUGGAGAACGGGGGCGGUUGAAUCCUGCUGGGCAAAUUGAAGCUGCUGCGGCACAUGCGGCCUCAAAGGGGAACACUCCUAUGCUCUCCCCGCCACCCUCCCCCCAAUCCCACUCCUCAUUCUCCGCCCAUGCGCCCCCCCACCCUCCCGCCUCCUCCAUCCCCAUCCACGCCCGCAUGCCUUCCCCUUCCGCCUCCCUUCAUGCACCCCCCGCUGCCCACCAACAACCCUCCGCCAACCCCGUCCCACGGCCAUCCUCCCCUCACGCCCCAACUUCCUCUCCAUCCUCCUCCCCUUCAAGCCAACACAAGCCAAUCCCCGCCAUAUUCUCCCGCCCUUCCCCUAUUACCACCCCCCCGCUUCACCCUCCUGCCCCUUUCGCCCUGCUCGCCUCCUCCCCCACUCACUCCCCCACCUGCGCCUCCCCCUUCCCCUCCGCCCCCUCCCCCACCUGUCCCCCCGUUUCCCCCUCCAAGCCUCCGCGCUCCCCCACCUCUUCCCCCGGGCUCUCCCCCUCCUCGUCCCGCCACUUUCACCGCGCCUCCUCUAUCCGCCUCCCCAUCCCCCUCCCCCCGUCCUCUUUCCAGGACCCCCUUCCUUCUCCAAAUCUCCCUCACUCAGUCGCUUCUUGCCCAGAUUGCACCCACCGCUACCCCUCCCAUGGCCUUAGCCAUAUCUCCCCUUCUUCCGUGUCCUACCACGAGUCACCCUCAAGUAUCAGUGGUAUGGGAAUGGGGACAGGCAUGGGGGGAGGUACGGGGGCAGGUAUGGGUAUGGGGACAGGUGCGGGCAGUGGUAUAGAGAUGGGUAUGGUUACAGGGGCCACCGCCAUCACUAACCGAAGAAAUGACCCUCAAGCAAGAGGGGUGCUGCACACUGCCUCUCCCUCUUUCUCACCCUUUCACCCUCUCAUUGCUUCUCCGGAAGAGAGCAAGGCGGGAACGGGUACAUACCAGACCCUACGGGCGUUUACACGGUCCCAGAGUGCGGAUUGCGUGGAGGGAUCAACAGCUUUGGAGGAGACAGGAGUGAGGGUGCAGGCAGGGAAUGGCCGGCGGUUCAUGCGGAGAAACUCGGUCGACGGAGGCUCCUUUAGGGGCCCCUUGGGGGCACGGAUGGGUUAUGCUGCGAUGGCAGCGCAUGGGAGGGGUGCUAGGAGCCCUAUCAAGUCGUGCUUGUCCCCGGCGAACGGGACUGGAGGAGCGAAGCUGAGGAAGCAGGUGUCAUUUAAUAAGGUCGUGCAGGUGCGGAGGUUCAUGUCUUGCGACGGCAGCCUUGAAUACUACUGA